AUGACAGCGGCUCUGAUCAAUAUAACCAAUACGGGUUUUGACAUCUCUGCAUAUGCAAGUUCUGCAUUACUAUGUUCGAUUACUGCUAGUGAUAAACUUCGUGCAGUGCGUGAAAAAUGCGCUCGAUUAAAAAAAUGUGGCAUUCACACAACGAAUGCUCUUAGCGCAGCAGGUUUUUCUUAUACAAAUCAAGGUGAUACUGUACGCUGUGAAACUUGUGGACUCGAAGUAUCGAACUGGGAUGCCAGCAUGAUUCCAUUUAUAAUUCAUGCUCAACGCAGUCCAUCCUGUCAAUUUGUUCGUUCAUUUCAAGUGGCACAGAAUUGUAUCAAACAAUCAGUUCACCAAAGAAAUGAAUCAAAGUAUUCUCGUAAAAAAAUCAUGUUUGAAAACGAUAUUGUUACACAAGUUCGUGCUCGAACAUUCUCCAAUUGGCCACAUCAAACAUCACCUUCUCGUGCACAAAUGAUUGAAGCUGGUUUUUAUCGAUGCAAUGUACUCGAUCGAGUCAUUUGUUUACAUUGCGAUUUGAUUUGUCAACAAUGGAUACCACUCAUUGAUGAUCCAAUUGAAGUACAUCGAACACUAUCACCGAAAUGUCCUUUUGUGAUAGGAAUGCUGACAAAAACUGAAGAGGUAUCCAUAUCACCACCGUCGAUUAUCAAUGAAUCACCGACAAACAGCACUAAUCGACAUUCUUCGAACCUGAAUAAUAUUGAAUCGUUACGCGUUGGUAACAUUGCUAGUGCUUCUCCCCAUCACAGCGCCUAUGCUGAGUUACCAAAACGUGAAGCAUCGUUUGCGACCUGGUCUAAGGAAGGAGUACCCACCAUAGAUAAUCUUGUUCGAGCUGGUUUCUUCUACAGUGAAAUAGGCAAUGCCGUGACAUGUUUCUAUUGUAACGGUUCCUUACAUGAGUGGAGUCCAGAAGAUGAUCCAGUUAUAAGACAUGCUCAUUGCUUCCCCGAUUGUGCUUAUAUUAAACAACUUUGUGGUGAUGACACUUUUCGUAAAAUUCAAGAAGCGAAGCAACUCGAGAAACAACGUGAAAUAAUAAACAAAGGAAAUACACAGACUAUGACAAUGCCAAAGAACAUCUUCGACGAGCAUACAUGUGAACGUAUGGUCGCUGCACGUCUCGAUUUGCCCGUAUCACAAAAAUUACUCAGCGAAAAAUUUUCGUUGUCGAUCAUUCGACGUUGUUGGGAAGAUCAACUUCGACUGCAAGGUGAUGAUUUUGUCAGCGAUAAUGAUUUAAAAAUUGCUUGUACUAUUCUGCAAAAGCAGAUCGAAUGUAUCAAUGGAAAUAAAGAAAACAUAAUCGUACCAAGCAUAGAAAUGGCAAAACGUCGCGACGCAAAUAACAACAAUGCAAUGGAAACUGAUUCAUCAUCUCUGAUCAAUACAACGAAUGGUUCCGUUUUUCAACCAUCAUCAUCAUCAAACCAAACGUCAACAAAAGCCAAUGAAAUGAAUACAGAAAGUAGCGAAUCACCGUCGAAUCCAUGCGCACUCUGCUUGACAGAAGAGAGAAAACUUGCUUGUAUACCAUGUGGUCAUUUGGCAACAUGUGUACCCUGUGGUCAUUCGCUACGAACAUGUCCUUUGUGUCGGCAAACAAUCAAAGCUUAUCUGCGAAUUUAUGUCUAA